CAUGAGGAAGAAGCAAAUGCUGCCUAUGAUCAAGUUCUGGAGUUGCUCGACACAGAUCCAACAGCAUCUCAAUACUUUAACAGACAAUGGCGUUACAACAUAUCAAGAUGGAUUGCUCGUGACAGGCGUGAAGGCGACGCAACUAACAAUAUUGCCGAAGCUCAUUUUAGAACACUCAAACAUGACUAUUUUCCUGAUCGAAAAAAUCUCAGAAUUGAUGAUGUUAUUAUAGAAAUUUAUACAAAAGUGAUACCAUCUUUCGUUAUCAAACUCAAAAUUGAUCAAAAUCCAGCAGAUGACCGUGUCAUUAGGAUCAUGGAAAAAGCAACUAACGCAGAAAUUGAUGUAAAAAGACAAAGAAAAAUCGAGAGUAUUUCAAUGCUCAAUAGAUUGCUCAAUGCUGUUAGUGACGACUCAAUAGAUCCCACUAAAAUAUAUCCUACCUUGAAAGUAUUAUUACAAAGAACUCAUUUUAUUUAA